AUGGAUGAGAUCAUUUGUCAUGCCAUAGCUGCUAUCGUCGGUGCUAAUCUGGGCACUUCACUCCGCCGCACAAACCGGUGUAUGCGCCGUAACGAAGCACAAAUAAUUCAGAUUCGCCACCUUGGAAAUCCGUCUCCACCUCAAGACUCCGUUCCAAGGAUGAAUGACUGCUCGACGGAACUCCAGUACACCGGUAGUCUCUACAUCAAGGUGGUAAAAUACGUACCGUAUUUGACCGACCCUGGUUAA